UAUAAAGGGUUUCUCACGGACGCGGAUACACACACAGACCAACGGAAGUUUAACGUGACACCGGCACCGGCGAUAUAAACCUCGCGCAUCUUAACGUUUCUUUUUCAUUUAUAAGUGACGUCAGAGAGAGAAUCGAGCCUCGAUGUUUCCUGAAUCUUCUAACGUUACACGGUACAGCUAUGAGGAUUGUAAGGUCACAGCUGAUUGGCUGUUAUCUCACACUUCAGUGCGCCCUCUAGUGGGAAUCGUGUGUGGUUCAGGUCUCGGUGGACUGGCAGAUAUGCUGAAAGAUCAGCAGGUCAUAAACUACAACGAUAUCCCAAACUUCCCUCAAAGCACCGUGCAUGGCCAUGCUGGAAAGUUGGUGUUUGGUACUCUUAAAGGAAAGGCUUGUGUGUGCAUGAAGGGCAGGUUUCAUCUCUAUGAAGGAUACCCCAUUCAAAAGACCACGAUGCCUAUCAGGGUGUUCAAGCUGAUGGGUGUAGAGACGAUGAUCCUGACCAAUGCCGCUGGUGGACUGAAUCAGGAUUUUACAGUGGGUGACAUCAUGGUUAUUAAAGAUCAUAUCAACAUUCCAGGCUUCGCUGGGAACAACCCACUAGUGGGACCCAAUGACGACAGGUUUGGGGUGAGGUUCCCGUGUAUGUCAGAUGCUUAUGACCGCGGACUGCAGCAGCUGGCUCACGAUGUCGCAGCUGAAUUGGGCUUCUCGGCGUUCACGAGGGAGGGCGUGUACAGCGUUUUGGGUGGGCCGUCCUUUGAGACCAUCGCCGAAUGCAGAAUGCUCCGCCUCCUCGGUGCUGAUGCUGUGGGCAUGAGUACCGUUCCUGAGGUCAUCAUUGCACGUCACUGUGGAAUGCGAGUUUUCGCUCUGUCUCUCAUUACCAAUCAGGCGGUCAUGGAUUAUGACAGCGAGAAGAAGGCCAAUCACGAGGAGGUUCUGGAGACAGGCAAACAAAGAGCCAAAGACCUGGAGAAACUCGUGUCUACUAUGGUUUCUCGCAUUGAGCUCGACAACAAUACAUUGCAGUAAAGCUAUUAGUGUACCAUCAUAUAUAUAUAACCUCACACAUGACUCACACGCAUCCACAUCCAGACCACAGACCCGAAACAUACUGAACGCAAGUACAUCGCCGGUACUGCAACAAGAGUUACUGUAAAACCUCUAAAGCUGAGCUCAUGUUACUCGAGCGCUGGUGUGCAUAGUUGCAAAACAGCACUGUAACACAAGAAAAUGCUUACGACGCAUUUUUGUACUUGCGUAAAGUAUGUUUCAGCUAGAGGUAAUGUGCAUCAUGCUAGUCAGAUGUAUUUAGUGACAUCAAUGUUAAGUCUAUACACUUGGCCUUUAACUUUAAAAUGUUUACAUUCUGAAACAAAAGGUUUUAGAAAACUGUAACUUAAACGUCUUAAGUAUCUUCUAUAACACUGAUAUGAUAAUUGGGGAGAUUUUAUUACUGAGCACUGCUGUUUCUGUCAGGGAUCACUAUUCAGUGUUUAUUUAUUGUCUAAAAGUUAUUUAUUUCAAAUAAGUUAAACUUUGGAAAGAAAACAGAAUUGUCCAGAAUUUAAGAAAAUUCUGAGAUUUUUAUUUCUUUAAAGGGGUCGUGAGCUAAGAAUUCUCCUCAGUACAGGGGCGGUCACACUACACUUUUCAUUCCAUUGACUUCUAUUGAUAUGCAUGACUGAGACCGGAAACGUAUUUUGCAUUUGUUGCGUUCCAAAGUUGAAGUCUGGUGAACUCUGACCUGUGAAACCUCCGUUAGCUCCCUCUACUGAAAAAAAAAGAUGGACAAAGCGUUCCAGGACCAUAAUCGUAGAAACGCCAAAAAAAAUUGCAUGGUCAAACUCUAGUGUGACCACCCCAUAAAAUGAUCAGUAUGCUAUAAAAAUGCUCUGUAAGUUUCAAAACUUAACACUUCCUUGUUAUUUCAAAAACAGCUUUUAUUUCAACCAAGAUCAAUACGACUCGUAUAUACGUUUUCAGUAGCGGCUGGUGACGUCUUUUUUAAGGGGACACGAUGUGAAGCUCGUCAAAACGUACUUGUGUGUGUGUGUGUGUGGCUCGUCAUGUCAAAAUAUGUGUUGGGUGCAUCAAGCGUCAGGUCAAAAUACGCUCAUGCCACCGACGAUUCAAACGGGUUUAUGAUAAAAGAGACGCUCACGUUUGCCAGAUACUCGCUUAAUUUCAUGUGUAAUCGAGUUUACUGUUAAGUUAGUGUCUUGUGAGUAUUUUGUGAACGGUUUUAUCAUAAACCCUUCUGAAGCAUCUGCAGCAGGCAUGUAUUUUGACAUGAUGCAUAAUGUACAUGGUUAACAUGAUGCAACAAACACAUAUUUUGACAUGAAGACUAACACACGACACGGGUAAACACAUCAUUUGAAUUCGCACCCCUCAAGAGAAAUCACAGGCUGCCACUGUACAUUUUACGUUUUGAAAUGUGUGUGACUAUGACAUCAUAGUCAUGCAAAAGUCCGCCUCUGCAGGAGGAUAUAAAUGCCUCGUGCAAUUCCAAACAUUCACAGAUGGGGGCUUUGAAAUUUUUUUAUAUGCAACAGUGUUACAGAAUAACAGCAGUGAGCGAUUACUUCAAAGUCCUCAAUGCGACACACCCACGAAAACAGUGUUUUAAAAAAAGGUUACAAUAAAGCUUUUUAUUUACAAAUUAUGACUUUUUUAGGUAAAAAUCUUUCUAAUGCUAUUAGUGGACCAAAGAGAACAGUACAAAAUAACAAAAUAAGCCAGUUCAUGACCCCUUUGUUUCUCUUAAAAGUUUUUAUUUAAAUAAUGAAUUAUUAAGAAAAAACCCUGUAUGUGUACUGUUGACUGUCUUAACUAAAGAAACUGUUACUGGGACUUAAAGAUGAAUAUAUUUAUGUUACUUAUUUAUAUAAGCAGUGUAAAAGGGUGUGGUUUUAAAGUAAAUUAAGAUAGUGUUGAAUUUGCAAUUGGUAAUCUUUAGGUGAUGUUUUAUUUGUGGGUUUUAAAUGGGAAACUGUUGCUCUUUUACGCAUUUGAAGUGGAAAUGUUUUAGCACUUCCUCAAAAUCUUUUAUUUUUUUUUUAUUUACAGUGAAUGGUAAUAUUGCACUUCAACCUUUGUGGCACAUUUUUAUUUUCAUGAUCUCCAGCUUAAAUGAAAUAAAAACUUUGCUGCUACGCAA